ACCAGUACACUAUCUCGAUAAGUCAGUGCUCUAAACGCAGGAUUUCCUCAUCAAUCUAUUAAGUUACCGAUAUGAACGAUCCAGAGCUUUACGUUGCGUCAAUGGACCUCCAAAAUCACGACGCCCGCGAAGUAAUCGAAGAAUUUGUUGAAGAGUUCAAAGCAAUGAACGGCAGGAUCAUUGACAUUGGCUGUGGUCCCGGAAUUGUCCUGAAAGAUCUCCUACUCCCUAACGUGGGUGAGAAUGUCGCUGUCGUAGGUGUUGAUAAAUCUGAUGCCAUGCUGGCGUAUGCCAAGGAACAUUAUGCGGACGAUAAGAGAUUGUCUUUUAUCAACUUAAAUAUUGAAACAUCUGAUCUCCCGAAAAACUUGGUGGGACAAUUUAAUUACGCAACGGCUUUCUACUGCCUCAAUUGGUGUAGACAGAUUGAAGUUGCAGUGAGAAACAUUUACGAACUUCUUCAACCGGGUGGAAAAUCGAUUGUUUUAAUGAUUUCUCAUCACAUCGUCUUCGAUUUCUACUUGGAGCAGCAAGCGGAUCCGAAAUUUUCUGGAUACAUGCAGGACGCAUUGAAAUACUUUCCCCCUCACUACGGUUGUCCGAGUCCUGAGACGAAGCUGCGGAGACAAUUAGAGAGGGCCAGGCUGAAGGUACUACACUGCACCAAUCGGACUAAAAUUUACGAUCACAAAACUGUGGAUUCAAUGCUUGAGAUGCUGAUGGCUGUGAACCCAUUCUUGCACCGAAUGUCGGAUGAUGUCCAGAAAGAAUACAGAAAGGACAUGGAGACGAGGAUCAGGAAUAACAUUCUGUUGUCCAACGAUGAACUCACCACGAGUACUCAAUAUACGGUACUUGUGGCUGUAUUUGAGAAACCAAAAGUCGAAAUGAGGGACUACUAGACCGGUUUGUACAAUUUUUUAGAAUUUUUUUCAAAGACUAGGCAGAGGAUCAGCAGAAUAAUUUCUGAAGAGAGAGGGAUUUACCAUACUGAAACUCAUCUGGCGGAAAAAAGGACAGAAAAAACAGAAGAGCUUUUUAAAAAAUUAACAAACACCAAAACAAUAAAUAAAGAGGAGGUAAAUCAAUA